AUGGAUCAGAAUGUUGAGAGUAUGCCCUAUUUUCCAGACCGUGCGGAAUACGAAGCCCGAGCACGAUCGGUUCCGCAAGAUGAAAUCGACGCAGCUGUUCUACCAGAGGGGUUCCCAACCCACAUAUCCUCAAAAAUGGCUUGGGACAGGGACAAUAUUUCGUCCUACGAGGACGACUAUAUAUUGACUUUGGAAGAUUCCCAGUUGAAGGAAAUCGAUGAUGCCCUGCAGCAUUUUAAAGCUCUAGGGAAGCCACUGGAGCUUCUGAGCCCUGCCACCUUUCCCCUGCCAUCGCUACAUUCCAUCCUGCGCAGAAUAUCGGGUAAUAUUCACACAGGCACUGGAUUCUCCCUGAUUAGGGGCAUUCCCGUUGAUCGCUAUUCGGCGGAGGAGAAUAUGAUAAUAUAUACUGGCGUCUCUUCUCAUAUAGGCCGCAUCCGUGGCCGUCAGGGCCGCAAGUAUGAUGGGCGUCCUGCAAACCUUGUUGUUAUGCAUAUCACCGAUAUGAGGCCUCCUUCUGACCCAACUCUCUCAGUCAGACUUGCCGGCUAUACUAAUGAAGAUAUCCCAUUCCACUCAGAUAUUGGAGAUAUAGUAUCUCUUUUCGCAUUAGGCGAACCAGCCGAAGGGGGUGAUAGCCAAUUAGCAAGCCUUUGGACGGUCUAUAACGAGCUUGCAAGAACAAGGCCUGAUAUCAUUCAGGCUUUGGCCAGUGACUGGCCAAUCGUGAGUUCAAAAGAGGAGGGUGUCUUUCUCCCCCGGCCUCUGUUAUUCCACCAAAAUUCAUCGGGAACAACACCCGAGAGACUGUUGAUCAAUUUUUCAAGAAGGUGGUUGACGGGCUUUGGCAACCUCAAGCGAACGAGACUACUUUCUGUGAGGCAGGCCGAGGCGCUUGAUGCCCUCCACUUCCUAGCAGAAAGGUUCCACAUAUCCAUGAAGCUGCAGAAGGGAGACAUGCAGUUCUUCAAUAAUUGGAGCAUCCUACAUGCUAGAAGAGGUUAUAAAGAUGGACCUCAGCAGAAGCGACAUUUCUUACGACUAUGGCUGAAGGAUCCUGAGAACGCGUGGAUGACCCCGGAACAACUUCAGUGGAAAUGGGAUGAAGUUUAUAGCCAAGAAAGAUCGCUAGGGCCGCAAGUGUUUCCUCUAUACCCCCACACGACUUAG